CUUCAUGGAAAAUGACAAGAAGUCUGAUGAUGGAUUUCCGCUCCGAGUUAGCGUACAAGAAAGUGAGACGAGAUUAAUUUUACAGUACCCUGUCCGUGGCGGAUUUACUGUUCCUUUCGAUUGGCAAAUCAUGUGUCCAAUGGAUGAAUGCAAAAUUUCACUUGUUCUAAACGACAAACAGAUGGAGAUUCUUGCAAAUAACAGAAAGGUUCAAAACGCCACAUAUGAAGUGGGAAGGACACUAGUUAGACAGAGAAGAGCCGUUUUCAUUGAUCCACGUUCAGCUGAUGCAGGAUUUAUUAGCUUUGCGUUUACAAAACAAUAAUUGUUAGUUUUCGAACUUGCUGUCGCAAAAAAGUUUUGUCCUAUAGUUUUGCAAAGAGCAACCCAUUUCAUAUAUAUUUUUACACUGAUAAUAAAAAUAUUGUUUACAUUAUGAAAUUCAGGAUAUGUUUAACUUUAAGAUCAUGCACACACAGUCACAUCAAUGUAAAAAAAUGAACUAUGAAAGUAUUUCUGCUUAGGUAAUUAAUGUUCCUGAUUAUGCAAAAGAGUCGAUUUACAAAACAUAUUUAAGAAUUUGACAGAAUAUUACAAUCAUUAAAGCAUGUAUAUAGAAAUGAGUAACAUUAUUAACAGCUUGCUUUCGAAAAGAGCAUAAGUAUAUAAGACACUCCGAUUUCGUUUGUGCAUAUGAUUUCCUUUUUUAUUUAGUAAAAGCAUUACGUAUCGCUUUUUAUUUUCGCUAUCUAUUUUGUAAUGUCAAUUUCUCAUGUACCAAUUGGUUCUAUUUUUACUUUUAAAUCAAGUUUACAAUGUGAUAAUAAAUAAGACCUGAUACCAAUCGAACAGUCAAAAUCUAAUAAGUAAAAAGUAUCUGUCAAUGGAUCUGUUUUUGAUGAAAAAUAUUUCACCUAUAGUUAAAAUAUUUGAUGUGUUAUCCAUUUAUAGAGUGGUCGGUAUGAAUGUGAAUAUUUCCAUGUCCAGUUAUGUAAUCUAUUUUUGUAUUAUACUUAGACAACUGUCUAUUUACCGUGUUAGUAAGAUAAAAGAUAACAGACAUAUUAGAAAAGGACAUAUUCGAACAUUCAAAUUGACUUAAUAUAUUACUUAGUUUAAAGAAAUCAUAUUAUUGAUUAUUGACAAAAAGUCAAAAUUGUAAGAUAUUUAAUAACGUUACAUUUAUACAUAAUGAUAAAUGAAUAUCAUAUUUAUUUCUUUAAAAUGAAAAUGU